AUUUCAAAAAAUGCUCAAACUCAGAGAACAAUUGUGAAUUCCUCCGAGAUAUUGCUUCAGAGAUGCCUGAAAAAGAUUUUUAUCGGCACAAAGACUUUGAUUACUACGAACUGAAAAAUCCUAAUAGGACUAAGACUUGCACAGAGCCUGGUCAGAUAUACUCCUCAGUAUUAAAACAGUGCUAUUUAGUUUCAUCUUGCAAAGACUUACUACUCAACAAACCGUCUUUGCCCGAUGGUGCUUACACCCUGCAGUUGAACAGUUCCUCGACACCAUACAAAGCAUAUUGUCACAUGACAGAUAUCACAGGUUGUGGAGCUGGAGGCUGGACACUAGUGUUGAAAGUGGAUGGAAAUAAGCCAAAUUUCUUCUAUAAAUCGUCUUUGUGGACAAACAAAGAAAGUUAUGCAGUUGAAGAUGGACUUGAAGGACUUACAGAGAAAGAAAGUAAACUGGCUUCUUACUGGAACACUCCUUUUAAGAAAAUAUGUCUUGGCAUGACCGUUAACGGCGACAGAAGAUGGAUGGUGAUCGAAUACAAAGCACAUUCGUUGUACAAUUUGAUCGCAGACGGACAGUAUCGAAACACAUCCGCUGAGAAAAGUAUUUGGAAGUCUUUGAUCGCGGACUCUUCCUUGCAAGAAAACUGCAACCUUCAGGGUUUUAAUAUUCUAAACGAAAUUUCUCCCUGGCACGGUCCGCAUUUCGACAUUAAAGCCCGAAUCGGGCUGAUCGCCAACAACCAAGACGACUGUAAAAGCCCCGACUCCUGGAUUGGUUUUGGUGUUAGCCACCACGGUUUUCACCAAAAAGUAAAUCUAGCCUGUGGUGAAUAUAAUAGGUGGCUUGAAAACAUUCUAACAUUUGGAUACAUAUUAGUGCAGUGAAAAUGAUUCACGCAUUUCAGAUCCAUUACGUACCCUAAAUAGUGACAUUAGAUACAUAUAGAUGCCUUGCAAAAUAAUGUAGCAUCACUAGCAUGUUAAUUUCAGGUAUUUAGACAAUGUCAUCAGGAAUAAAAUCUUUGAGUUUAAUAACUUUAAAACAAGUAGAUAAUGAUCAUUGAGCAUAGCUCUUUAUAUGAUUUUUGGCACUUCACUCAAUGUAGGUAAAUUCUAAUGGUUCUGAGUGUCUUA